UUUAAACCGGAAAUCCGGUUGUUCUGUUGAUCGAAGCUAGCUAGCUUCACAAAGCAAACGUUGUAGGGAAAUUCUUGAGCCGUUUACUGCACUUCCAACAUUUUCAAGUCAUUCAGAGGCAAAAGUCCACUGCUGGUCUGACAACCGAGUUGCGCCACAAAUAUGACCAAGCACGAGUUUGAGGUGGCGAUGACGUGUGAGGGAUGCUCAGGAGCUGUUACCAGAAUCCUCAACAAGCUGGGAGAUGUGAAGUUUGAGAUCGACCUGCCUAAGAAACUGGUUUGGAUCGAGUCCGACAAGGACGUGGAAGUUCUCACGGAGACACUGAAGAAAUGCGGGAAGGAGGUCAAGUACAACGGCACCGUAUGAAGGAGUCUGCUGCACGUAGAACAGGUGCCACGAUGGGGAGACAGGCGUUUAAGCCCAUGUAUUCAUGUUUCUGAUCGCUGUUAACUUUGGGUUAAUCUGAAGGGUUUUUUGUGACCACCAG